AUGUAAGGAAUUUAAUUUGAGAGUAUAGGACACUCAAAAGUAGCUAGUUUGAAUUCAUAAUUAUUUCAUUAAUUAAUUAAAUAAUGUCCAAGAGAAUUUUAAAAAUACAGAAUGUUAGUAGAUACUAUUAUAUUAGAUAAUGAUCCAUAUUUGGCUAAUAUUUUUUGUUAUGGAUGUCAUUAAGCUCAUGAUUUAACAUAAUGUCCAUUUAUAAAUUAUAAGCCUAAUAAAUAUUUUAUAAUUAAUAGUUAUAAAAUUCAUAAAGAAUAGAAUAGAGUGUCAGAUUUCAAAAGAGUAAUAUUCUUUUAUAAUAUGAUAUUAGGAAUUACAGAGAAAAAAGAAGAAAAUAAUUAUUAAAUCAGGAAAUACUUAGGAAGAUUCAGAAUCCUUUGAGUCAGAAGAAAAGGAUAAGGUUACACCUUUCAAUAAAAUUCUUCCUUCAUAAAAUUCUUCAUUAAGUUUAAAUAAUAAUAAUUAUCCAAUAAAUUAACUUGAAUUAAGUUCGGUUCCAUAUGUGAGCUAUUCUCAUAGUGGAUAAACACUUUAUUCUAAAAAAAUGGAUUCAGAUAAUCAUUUUUCUGUUUAAGGUAUAAGCAGCAGUAAUAGCAGUAGAAAAAUAAUUUAAAAUGAAGGUAAAGAAGUAGGGUAAUCUAAAUUCUAAAAAUAUGGUUAAUUAGAAGAAAUGCAAGGAUCAUCUUUUUAAUGCAAUCCUUUAUAGAGAGUUUAGGAUAGUUUAUUAUAAACUAGAAUAAAAUACAAAAAGAAUAGAACAGAUAAAUAAUCACAAUAUUAGAAAUAUUAAACAGAUAUUCAAUAGAAACAAUAAAAACGAGAUUUAAGGAAAAAUUAAACUAUGAUAAGUAAUUAUUCUGUAUUUGAUAAUCAUAAGAGAAGAAGAACAUCUAUAGAAGGUAAUUUUAUGUAAUCAUUUGAAAAAAUUAGUCAGUUUGAUGACUAUUUUCCACAUUACAAUGUAGAUAAAUAAAUAAAUAAUUAUUAAAGAAUUUAAUCAGUUAAUAAAGAUAGUAAUUAAUGA